AUCUGUCACAUACCAAGAGCUCUGUGUUGAUCCGGCGCGCGCAGCGGUGUGCUCUACUGCCCACGCAAAGUGGCGCGCCAGAGACAGCGCAGCCGCAGCAGAACAGGCGCAGACUACAGACACAGCAGCAGCCAUGGCAGACGAAAAACCCAAGGAGGGAGUGAAGACGGAGAACAAUGAGCACAUCAAUCUGAAGGUGGCAGGGCAGGAUGGCUCAGUGGUGCAGUUCAAGAUCAAAAGGCACACUCCCCUCAGCAAACUGAUGAAAGCUUAUUGUGAACGGCAGGGGCUGGCGAUGAGGCAAAUACGGUUCCGGUUUGACGGUCAGCCCAUCAAUGAAACAGACACACCCUCGCAGCUAGAAAUGGAGGACGAAGAUACGAUUGACGUGUUCCAACAGCAAACCGGAGGCUCUUCCCUUUAAAGACUGUUUCCUACGAACAUCCCUACCUCCCCUCUUCAUCCCUGAACAUCUUUGUUAUGCCCAGUCUUCAAAUGUUCAUGACCAGUGUUGAUACCAUUCAGUGGAAUACUUUUACAAAAUGUUCAAAGGCAGCGGCACAGUCAAUGUAGAUAGAUAUAAUCACACUGGCAUUCAUAUAUUACCAUGUCUGAGCUGCGCAGUUUAAACAUCCUGUAAGCUGCAGUGAGUCUAAUGUGCUGAAGAAAUUAGAAGCUUGCCAUCAUCAUUUUUUUUCUCUCCCCACCCCUUCCCCUGGAGGUUUAACAGAAAGCUCCUUUUUCUUUUGUUUUUUUAUAUACUUAUGUCAUUGAGGUUUUGAUUCAGAUGGACUUUUGUUAUUGUUGUCAAGUAAGCCUGCAUUUUAAAUUCACAUCUGUUGUUAUGAAAAUGUAUUAUUGGAAUAAAUUGAGUCUUUUUUUUUAAA